GGCAGGUGGGGGGGCUGUUUGGCAGGUGAGGCUCCUACUCUGGCCUCCAGUUCUGCCCUCCUUGCUCUCUGGCAGGCACAACUCUUGUGCCAUGUCAGCUGGUCUUGGGUGUGGGGUGCCAGCCAGCACCUUCUCGGUAGAACCUGGUCAGUCUGGCCAGGGCCCCGGUGGCCUUGGCCACCAGGGCCCUGUGUGUUGAGUCUGCCAGGCCUGGGUGUGGACGGGGCAGCCCCACUGGGACAGAGGCCACAUGGGUGCUGAUGUUUCUCUAAGACAUCAAGAGCAUGACUGUCCUGGCAUCCUGGCCAUCUGUCCUCCAGCCCCUCAUGGGCCCAGGAGGGACACCUGCCAGGAGGGGCUCUAGUGACCACCAGGAGCUCUGGGGAGGCUGGAGUCCUGGGCUGCAGCAUCCCUGGCACUGAGCCCCAUACUGGGGAGCCCUUGGUCUUCCUGCCCACAGUGGAGGAAGACCCUCCCUGGGCUGCCCGUGCCCUGGACUCUCUGUGCCGCACAUCUCCAUCCCUUUGAAGGCCCAGGCCCAGGCCGGCAUCUGGAGAAGGGGGCUCCCAGCUCCAGGACCAAGAUUAACCUCUGACCUUGCAGGACCCAGACAAGGGACAGGUCCUGGGCCACCCUGACAUUCCUCAUGCCCAAAGGCCUGGCUGUGGCUGGGCCGUCAGCAAGGGCCUGCCUCCACACACCGCUGGCCUCUCUGAGAAGACCCAUGGGUUGCUCUCAGGCCUCCAUGGAGGAAGCAGACCUGGAGAUGGCGGCCAAGGCCUGUGGCUAGAAGGGGGGCCUGGCUGUGGGAGCCUGGCAGAGGGCUGUGCCUGGUCUGAGGAAGGAGAACUGAGGGGUGAAGGGUGCCCCCCCCCAGGUAUGGGCCAGAGCUGGCCUGCACCCCACACUGAGCAAGCGGAGGCCAUCUCUGCCUCCAGACACUGGCUUGUGCCUGGGCGAGAUUCUCUGAGGUGCUGUGCCUCAGUUUCCCCACCAGUAACCCUCAGCACAGUAAACCUCAUCAAGGCCGUGUCCUGCUCACCCUUUGCCAGACCUGAGGGCCCCUGGAGGCCUAGGACUUCCGUGGUCCCCGACAGACUCGCCUCGUUCGUCCUGGUCCUUCUCAUGGGUGGCCCUGCACCUUCUGCAGGGGUCUGACUCAUGUUCGUGGUACCCAGACUCCUGGGGAGUAAGAGCAGCUGGGACUUAGCCCUGAAGUGGGAAACUUAGGUGACCUUGUGACGGUGGCAGGCAGAGCCUCUCUGCUCCUCACCCCUUCGCUCGUGGACUUAGUGCUGGCCUGUCAGCCAUGAGACUCGCUGUACCAUCUGUGAAAAGCCCAGCCCAACCCAGAGCUCAUUUUUGGCUUAGGGAUUCUGUUUGGUUUUGGUGGGUCUGGUGGUGGAACCCAGGGCCUCAUCCAGCUGGGCCCGUGCCCUGCCAUCCAGUACCACACAGCCAGUGACACGUUUUAAAGUCAGAUUCGUUGAUUUUUUCCUACCUAGGAUUUUGGAAAAUACCAUAGGGAAACGUUGAAGCCCAGUAGCGACCCCAGCUCUGGCCUGCUGACCGCAGUGCUACUUGGUGUUGGUUGGCCAGGCUGCUGGGGCUGCAAGACAGGAAGGCACCCUCUGGCCUGUGCACUGGCCAGCCGCUCGGGCAUCUCGGGCUCCGGAAGCCUCUCCUGAGCUCUGCAUUCAUUCUGUGUGAGUCUGUCCGUGUUUUCUGUUCUGCAAGCUCCCCAAUGCUUCGGGUUGAGGGCCUGCCCUACUCCAAAAUGACCUCCUCUUGGCCCAUGGGGUCAGCCACCCUCUUCUUAGUAAGGUUGCCUUCUGUGGUCACCGGAGCACAGGACCCCAGGCGUGAGUUUAGGGACAGACCACCCACAGCUCCCUGCCACUCAGGUGACUGCCAGCUUUGAACCUCCGGGGUGCCUCACUCAGGUACCCAGCCAGGUCCUCUGGGGACCCCCUCCACCCAGCACCCUCACCAGAAGCAGCCAGGAGCACCCCGACUCCCCAUGUGGCUGUGCUGCUUUCCCCUGAAUGGGGCAGCGUAAGGGCUCCGCCAGUGUCCCCUCCCUGGGUUCUCCAGCUGCCCUUCUCUGGCUGUUGGCUCUUGUGUUCUCCGAGUCCAGGUCCGGGCCAGCAUUGUAGCAGAGAGCCCGGUGUGGGUCGCUGUGGCUGCUGAGACCUGCCCGAGAGGCUCCAUGCUGCCCAGGAUCCCACCCUGGGCACGGGGUGAGGGCACUUCUUCCCCAGGGUGGAUAAGAGCCUGUGGGGGUGCUGGGGACCCUUGACUCACUUGACAGUGCUCUCAGCACCCACGUGAGUCCUGCCUGAGUAAGGAGCGAGGCUUUGGCCUCCUUGGGGGGGCCUCCAAGCCCCACAGCCCUGUCGGUCCCCUCCAGAUGCCUCUAGUAUGUGACUCUGGGGACGGGGUUCUGACACCUGAGUUCUGGGACAAACACUGAACCCUCCGUGGUCCUGAGGUGGAAGCCCUGGUCGGUGGGGCGGGGCUGGACCAGCUGAGGGACACCGUCCCUGCUGGGCCUCCCGGGGUGCUCGACAACCGCUCCCCUGUCCUAGCCCCCUUGCCCAGGCAGGUGGGCAGAGGGGCUGAACCAGGUGGUUCUCUCCGUGGGUCCCCGGAGGACAUUCCCAGCGAGCCUGGGGUCCCCAGGGCCUAGCUGGAGGUCCCUGAGUGAGUGGGGGGAGUGAUUCAGAGAAAGGCCGAGGCCCCUCUGUGGGGGUCGCAGAGCAGUUUUUGCAGAGGCCCCUCUGUGGGGUCGCAGGGCGAAGUGCAGCUUCGACGGCAGUUUCUGCAGAGGCCCCUCUGUGGGGUCGCAGGGCGAAGUGCAGCUUCGACGGCAGUUUUUGCAGAGGCGGCGUUGAGAUCCUGGAUUACACAGGGCAUUUGGGAAGACAGUGUAGAACAGCCGGAAGUCCUGGGCACAGGACCUGGACCUCAGCCCCACAGCUGGUCACUCAGACAUUUUUAAAACACGCCUUGUGCUUCUACCCAGAUAUGUCUGUGCAUGGGCCCCGGGAGGACGUGUGGCCUUCCCUCUGCCCGUCCCCAGGCAAGACAGCCCAGCAUGAGGGACACCCAGAGGGCUGCCCAGAGCUUCCGCCCCUCCCCCACUUCCUUCACCAGGGCCUGUCCCUGUGACCAGAUGGAUUCCAUGAUGUCCCAGCAAGGCCCAGCCUGUGCCCGCCGUUCCAGGGGCUCUCUUGGGCCCUUUGUGCACAGGGUCACCUUCCUCCAUUUGGUUGACCAAACGUCUGGCAGGGGUCCCCUCUGUGCUCCUGUGCCCUGGCCCAGCAUCUCGAGCCCCUGACCAUCACACCACAGCACUGCUUCAGCAGCCCCCUGGUCAAGCAGGACACCAGGCACUGCCUCCCAGGCCUGGCCCACAGCUGAGGGUGAUGUCUGUGAGGGCCCUGCCCUGCUGACACCUCUCAGCAAGACUGGGACAGGCCCCCCCGUGUGGUAGGCAUGUGCUGGGGUGGUCAGGAGUUGGCAGCGACCCCAGGAGAGGCCCAGGCAAUCACAGUCCCCUGUGAGAGGCAGCACAGCAGACAGGCCAAUGUCUCAAUUGUCACACAUUCAGGCACAGCAGCAGGUGAGGGAGUCCACCAGCACCAUCCUACGGGUCUCACCUGGGCAGACCAGAGCCAGCUUGAGAGCAAGGGGGUACCCACAGGCACCUGGUGGAGCUGCACAGGACAGGACAGGCUCCCGAGGAGGAGGGCCCCUGGCCUGCCAGGGCUUUUCUGCAAGAUGGCAUGAGAAUCUGUUUGGAAGCUUUGGUGGUUGGGCCUGGGUGUGGCCAUGGAUUUGGGGAGCCGGGUAGGGUACCCCAUGUUUCUGGACCCGGAAGAAGGCCACAGAGUGGCCACACUGGGUGGAAUGAAGAGGGCCGUGACCCGGAGCAGCGUGACAUGGAGCCCUGGCAGCAGCACCAGCACUCCCCGAUCUGCUGUCCCAGGAGAGUCCCCCAACAGGCCCUCAAGCCUCUUCAGCUGCUCCCCAACUCAGCUCACCGUGCAGGAAGGAGCGAACGCCACCUUCACCUGCAGCUUCUCCAACUGGUCGGAGCACCUGGUGCUGAACUGGUACCGCCUGAGCCCCAGCAAGCAGAACAUCAAGCUGGCCUCCUUCCGCAGCGGCCUCAGUGAGCCGGGCAGGGACCCCCGCUUCCGAGUCACUCAGCUGCCCAGCAGGCUUGACUUCCACAUGAGCAUCAUCUCUGCCCAGCACAAUGACAGUGGCCACUACCUCUGCGGGGCCAUCUCCCUGUCCUCCAAGGUGCAGAUCCAGGAGACGACAGCCGAGCUCAGGGUGACAGACAGGGUCCGAGAGUCUCCGACACUGGAGCCCCUCCCGGCACAUCCCCGCCCCUCGCCCAGGCCAGCAGGCCAGCUUCCAGGCCUCGUGGUUGGCGUCACGAGCGUCCUGGUGGGCGUCCCAGUGCUGCUGCUGCUGGCCUGGGUCCUGGCCACCACCUGCUCCACAGCCUUGCCAGAGGCUGGAGGAGCCAGAAGUAAAGAGCAGCCCUUGGAGGAGGCCUCAGAAGUGCCCGUCUCCACCCUGGACUACGGGGAACUGGACUUCCAGUGGCGAGAGAAAACCCCGACCCCUGAGCCCCCUGCCUCCGGCAUACACACCGAAUAUGCCACCAUUGUCUUCCCUUCGUCCCCAGGCCGCAGGGGCUCGGCAGACAGCCCCCAGGGUCCCCAGCCUUUGAGGCAUGAGGAUGGACACUGCUCUUGGCCCCUGUGACCACUGGCAUCCUGCAGACCUCCUGCCAAGAACCCAGGGCCAGCUCCUCCCGAGGAAGGGGCAGGGCAGCAGGGGCCUCAGGGGCCAAGCCACCUGGGUGGUGACCACCAGGCACCCGGGCCAGCCUUGCCCGGGCCCCAUGGAUGGGUCUCAUCUCCAUGCUCUCCAUGAGCUGGCAGUGGCAGACCACCGUCUCCUGAUGUGGAGUGCUGGACAUGGCCAUGGCUGCAGGCCUUGUGAGAGGGCUGGCCUGGGCCCAGCUCUUCCGAAUCCUGCUGCUCCAGUCGCCGGGCCCCCACAGCCUCCCAGGGAGCCCCAAGCCUGAAGCUGGGGCCUGGUUGCAGAAUGCUGAGGGGCAGGCUCUGGGAGGCACCUGACAGCAAGGAUGUCCAGGCACACAGUGGACACAGCCCUAAGGCUGCCACGGAGGGGCAGUCCACAGAUGGGCCCAGGGGCCACAGGCCGAGGAGUCUCAGCCAAGCCAGAAGAGAGCUCCUACAGCCAUCGGACCCUCUGCAGGAGCCCCUCCCACCUCCUACGGGAGCACCUCGGACUGUCCUCCAGCCGUCUGAGGCAGUGAGGGAGAGGACAGAGCCAGAGGCCGCCUGCCCCAGGGAGCCCUGCAGCACCCUCCCUGCUCACCUGGAGGACUAGGUCCCUUGUCAGCCGACCAGCCAGGGCCCUCCUAGGCAGGAGGAGUGGGGCAGUGGCAUGGGCACCCCGGGUCCCCAUUUGUCCUCUCCAGGAAGUCCAGUUCUCCUUGGCUCUCGGUCACAGUGUUUAUUUUCAGCAGAACUUGGCCGGGCUCCCACCAAGGGUGGGCCAGGCGGUCAAGUAUUCCCUGUGCUGGGUGCCCCUACUCUUCUGCCAUCCAGGACAGGGCAGCUAGGGCCUGGACUGACCAGGGGUACCUCUGCAGUCAGGGCUGGGGUUCUCUGGUAUUCUCAUUAAAUAAUGACAGAAGCCUGGGGCAUCCUGUCCUGCACACGGAACUGCGGGAAGGAGGACAGGUCAGGGGGCUGGGCUGAGGCUCGAGGUGGAGGCAGGUGCUGGCCCUCCCAAGGCCAAAAACACAGCAGCCUUCCUGAGCCUCAUCUCCGCUCACACAGCUCCCCAGCUGUGCAGACCUCCAACGGCAGUGGGAACCCACACACUCCGCACCCUCAGGCCCUUCCCAGGGUCCCCAAUGGGCAGAAGUGUCCCUGGGCCUGUCAGUCCUUCUCAGGCCCCAUGACCUCUCCCUGGGCAUGUCCCCAGGGUUGGUGGCAGCAGAAUAGGUGGACCACACCAGGCCAUGAGAGAGGGGCCGGGGUGCCUUGGCAAGGAUGCAGAUGUGCCUCCCACAAGAAUGGAGAGAACCAGCCCAGGGAAGGCAAUUCCUGCUCCACACUGGGGUCCUGGCUAAUGACCAAGGACCUGGCAGAUGCCCCUCCCCACCCACUCCUGGCAUGGGGCAGUGGACCUGGCCCAGCUCCUCAGGUGCUGCUACUGCCCGCCACUCAGCCCUUGAAUCUCCUCCUGAUCCCACUGCCCUGGGUCCCGUCUGCUGGAGGCCCAUUGGGACCACAUCCAGCACAGGCAAGGAGGUCUGUGGCAAGACGGAGUGUCCAGCAAGUGCCGGGGCUCUGGGAGGGGAGAUUAGCCUCAGAAACGGCUCUGGCACAUUUGUGGACAGUGUGACAGGAGAAGCUGGACACAGACAUGACAGGGCCAGCACUGUCCUCCAGCCCUGCAAAGCAAACAGACACAGCAGUAAGUUGCUGGACAAGAUCUGGAUGCGAGGAGCAGGACGCAGCCUCAGACCUCAGGAGGGCAGACCCAGCCUGGGAGGGUGGGGUCCUGCCUGGUCCCUGUGGAAACACCUCCAGGGUAGGGGCAACCUGGGGAAUGAGGACUGCACCGGGACCACAGCUGGCCCUGCCACCAAGAGACCACCCCAAGCUGGCCGGAGUAGCCCCCCGCUGGGGCAGCCCAUCACUGUGGUAUGAGGAGCCCCUGGCUGAGCAGAGAGCAGGAGGACAGUGACAGUUCACUGUCCCCCAAAGCGAGGAAGAGUCAGUCAUGUCCAGAUGACACGCCAAUUUGAGCAUCGAAAAUACCAAAAUAAAACUCAGGUUGAUUAAUACA